GAUGUACCUAGGUAUGGUGGACCUGAACAAGACCCAGAGUGUUGAUGUGGACCUCCCCCUCUACUGUGCCUUCUCAUUCCCUGCAGUACUACAAACCCUGGGACCCAACCACUGGUCACUACUUAAACCAACCUUUGAUAUACUCUCCACUGACAUGCAGUGGAAGAUCAGGCGGGUCCUAGCUCACAGUAUCCAUGAGAUAGCUCAGAUGUUAGGGUCCAAUAGAACAGUCUCUGAUCUGUUGUCUGUAGUGAAUGAGUAUGCUACAAAGGACCUUGAUGAUGUGAAGACUGGAGUACUGGCUCAUCUAUCGGAGUUCUUUGAGAUGCUACCCUCUGAUGUUAGAAAGGAGAACUUCCCCUCUAUAUUAAAUGGGAUCCUGGACACUGAGAAUGAGAAGAACUGGAGAUACAGGGACUCACUGGCCGAACAGUUGAUGUUAUUAAGUGAAUUAUUUGAUUGUUCAUUUGUUGAGCAGUUCAUAGUGCCAGUGGCUAUUAGACUGGGACAUGAUAAAGUAGCUCAGAUAAGAGACUCCGCCUCCAGACUGAUUGGUUCAUUAUUACACAAGUUCAGUCAGUCCAGUCCAACCACAUGUUCAUUGAUAUUGACUCAAUUAAGAACAUCAUUUGCUACCAGUGAGAGAUGGCUACUCAGAUUAAUGUAUGUGAAACAGUGUGAGCUGUUCUUUCAUAAAAGACUGAUAUCCUAUUCCUUAUUUGGCAGUGAGUGCCUCCCCUCAUUACUGACACUAUCAAAUGAUGUGGUACCUAAUGUCAGACUAGCUGUGGCUAGGACCCUCUACUCUACACUAGACAAUACACAAUUUAUCUCUGCCAAUCAAUCCUUUUCUCAAGACAUCAGUUCAAUCAUAUCAAAACUAAAAGAAGAUAGAGACAGAGAUGUUCGCUACUACUCCGGAAAUUAUGAAGACAUCAACAACAACACAAGGACCUCUCUCUCUCCCUCUACCCCUUCAGCUCAGCAGCUGCAACAAUUUGAAAAUACUCAAGAAGAUACUGAAUAUAAACUGGAUAUAGCAAAUGCUGGUAGCAUAUUGCAAUUAACUUAAUCUAUUUAUUUACUAUUUUAUUGCUCUUAUUGGUAUUGAUAUU